GAGAAGUUCGUGCGCGGCGCGGAGGUCCUGGAAGAGCGGGCGGCGGUGAUAGCGCCGGCGUGCCCUCCCGCGCGCCGAGACCCGCUUGCCUCACCGCGCAGAGGUUGCCCGGACUUACGAAAGGAAGUGACCGCCGUGCCUGGGCGGCCUGGAGGGAUGCGAUCGGCUGCAGAGAGAAGUGCACUGAUUCCAGUGUGCGCCAGCGUGCAGAAAAAGGAAGGGAGAAACUUGUGCGUUUGCCAAGCAGGGGUGACCCUUUGAGAGCCGCAGAGGCUGCUAGACUCUCAGAUCUCUAGUCUGCUGGUGGCAAGUAAAUUCCCGUUCGUGCUGUUCCAGCCGUCACUGGUGGUGCGAAGGGUGCACAUGCUGUCUGGCAGGACUUCUGCUUUGUCCAGGGGCGUGGAAAGAUUGGAAAGUGUUGCUAGGGUCUUUAGAAGACUCUGGAAAACUUCUAUUUGGGUACAUCACAGAGAGGAGAAAUGUAGUAGUUCUUCCUAGUGUUUAGGGGACGAGUGAGAAAACCCGCGAAGCCUGAAACCGUAGGUGGUGCCCCUCUACUCUAGCUCCCUAACUAUCCUGUGUUUGUUUUUUUUUUUCUUUACAUACAGACCUGUGAUAAAGUUUAAAUUACCAAUUAGGCCCAAGAAGAGGUUGACAAUAACUACUAAAGCAAUAGAAUAUUUAGAACAAAAUACUGUAGUAAAAUCUAUCUCCAUAUAUUAUUAUACUUUUCACCUUUAUUAAGUAAAAUGAGACAUACUUCAACAUAAGCACUCUGAUACCUGGACAGUCGAUUGGAUAACUGAGAGGAUUAAUGAAUAGCUGAUGGAUAAGUAGUAUUUAUAGUGUCAAUAUGCUCUGCAAAAAGAUGAUUCACAUCCAUGAAGCAGCGUGAAAGUUAGUCACGCUACUCAGAAUGGCGUGCUAUUUCAAUUUUAUGAAAUGUUUUCUUCGGGAAGUUUUUAUUGUUUUAAUUUUUGAACCAAAGUUUAUCACAAGUAUCUGAAACCACAGAAAGGAAAACUGUACAAAGGGGGCAGUACAAUAUGACGCCUUUGUUACACAGGAAAUGUGAACCAUCACCUCCUAACCUUGCCACUCUUGAACAAAACACCUGAGUUGGUUGAAAAGGCCUCAAGAUGAUUCAUCUUUUCAUACAUACGAAACAAAAAUCAGAGAAAUUACAGACCACAUUGUAGUUUUACCUGCUUCAGGAGAUGAUUACAUACAACUUAGUAGUUGAUAAAAUAGUUGCUUUAUUUGGAGCUAUGCUGGCAGUUCAAAAUUUGCUUUCAGAGAAGAAAGUAAUAGAGAAACCUAUGAAGAUUCCUAUCCUAUGCCUGCUCUUGGGCUCUUUGUUAAUUGAGCCCAAGGGCUUGUAGGUUAACUUGCUUAUUAUCUGAGAAACUUGGACCUGUGAGAGAUGGCCAGAUAGUGAUACCAUGAAAGUCCUCUGAGGUUCUGAGUCUUGCCUCGUGUUAGAAAUUUAGAAAGUGUUGCAAAUAGCUUGGUGGUGUUGCUAUUCAUAAAGUGGGCCUGGGCAGCCUCUGAUUUGAGAGGUGGGCUGGAUUAGGACCCUGCUUCUUUUAGGGCUGGGAGAAGUGAAAAUAUUGGUACAAGAUGGAAAGGAUUUAUGAGGACAGAAAUGUGAUUCGUAGUAGCAGUGGAUCAAUCAACUUUCUGAAUACCAGUUAGGGAAGAGAUGGCAGAUUUUCAGCAGAGAGUUAAAUAAAAAGCCAAAGCUUAAAUUUACCAAUCUGCUACCAGUUUUAUCAGGUAGUGAUUAAUAUAAUCAUAUGUCUACAUGUUGGAUAUUUUGGGGGGGAGUGUAUUGGGUAAAUCUUGAACACUGUGCUUUGUUUACAGGAGUGGCAAGCCAUCAUCUCACCCAGUUUGGAUCCUGGCUUCCCUCAAAAGACUCUGUGCUAAUGUUUGAUAACCUUCUGGAAUAGCCAGUACUACAUUUACAUAAUAUAUAUAUACUAGAUAACAGUCCAUUGGUUUUUGAACUGAUUUUCUUUUUUUUUUUUUGCGAUGUUUGUAUCUAAUGAAUUUUCCUCACCCAAGAUAACAACUUAAGGUGUCUUAAUUAUACUUCUCUGUAACACUUCAUUUCUUAGAUUACAAUCACCCCCCCAUCUAUGAUUUCAGCUACCAACAUUCAUCUGUGGUCCAGAAGUAUUAAAUGGAAAGUUCCAGAAAUAAUUGCUGUCUGUGGAUUGGAUAAUGUGAGCAUUGGGGUGCAGUGAUGUCGACCCUCUGCCCGCCGCCAUCUCCAGCUGUUGCCAAGACAGAGAUCGCUUUAAGUGGUGAAUCACCUUUGUUAGCAGCUACCUUUGCUUACUGGGACAAUAUUCUUGGUCCUAGGGUAAGGCACAUUUGGGCUCCAAAGACAGAACAAGUACUGCUCAGUGAUGGAGAAAUAACGUUUCUUGCCAACCACACCCUAAAUGGAGAAAUUCUUCGAAAUGCAGAGAGUGGGGCGAUAGAUGUAAAGUUUUUUGUUUUGUCUGAAAAAGGAGUAAUUAUUGUUUCCUUAAUCUUUGAUGGAAACUGGAAUGGAGAUCGGAGUACUUAUGGACUAUCAAUUAUACUUCCCCAGACGGAACUUAGUUUCUACCUUCCACUUCACAGAGUGUGUGUUGAUAGAUUAACACACAUUAUUCGGAAAGGAAGGAUAUGGAUGCAUAAGGAAAGGCAAGAAAACGUCCAGAAGAUUGUCUUAGAAGGCUCAGAGAGAAUGGAAGAUCAGGGUCAGAGUAUUAUUCCAAUGCUUACUGGGGAAGUCAUUCCUGUGAUGGAACUGCUUUCAUCUAUGAAAUCACAUAGUGUUCCUGAAGAAAUAGAUAUAGCUGAUACAGUACUGAAUGAUGAUGAUAUCGGUGACAGUUGUCAUGAAGGCUUUCUUCUCAAUGCCAUCAGCUCACACUUGCAAACCUGUGGCUGUUCUGUUGUUGUAGGUAGCAGUGCAGAGAAAGUAAAUAAGAUAGUGAGAACAUUAUGCCUUUUUCUAACUCCAGCGGAGAGAAAAUGCUCCAGAUUAUGUGAAGCAGAAUCAUCAUUUAAAUAUGAGUCAGGGCUCUUUGUACAAGGCCUGCUGAAGGAUUCAACUGGAAGCUUCGUGUUACCUUUCCGACAAGUCAUGUAUGCUCCAUACCCCACCACACACAUAGAUGUGGAUGUCAAUACUGUCAAGCAGAUGCCACCCUGUCAUGAACAUAUUUAUAAUCAGCGGAGGUACAUGAGGUCAGAGCUGACGGCAUUCUGGAGAGCCACUUCAGAGGAAGACAUGGCUCAGGACACGAUCAUCUACACCGAUGAAAGCUUUACUCCUGAUUUGAAUAUUUUCCAAGAUGUCUUACACAGAGAUACUCUAGUAAAAGCCUUCCUGGAUCAGGUCUUUCAUCUGAAACCUGGUUUAUCUCUCAGAAGUACUUUCCUUGCGCAAUUUCUUCUCGUCCUUCACAGAAAAGCCCUGACACUCAUCAGAUAUAUAGAAGAUGAUACGCAGAAGGGAAAAAAACCCUUUAAAUCUCUUCGGAACCUGAAGAUAGACCUUGAUUUAACAGCAGAGGGCGAUCUCAACAUAAUAAUGGCUCUGGCUGAGAAAAUUAAACCAGGCCUGCACUCCUUUAUCUUUGGAAGGCCUUUCUACACUAGUGUACAAGAAAGAGAUGUUCUAAUGACUUUUUAAUAGCUAAUUUGUUAAGUAUAUUUCAUCACCAUCAUGAUUGCUGUCCAGAAGCUCAGUGGUGUGGGAAGCAUCACUUUCUCCGGUCGCACCUCAGAGUCCUCAGCAGUUGCAGUUACAGUUCACUACAGUUGUCGCAGAGCUGUGUAGGGGCGUGGUGCGUCAUUCCACUGAAUGUCUCUUUGUGAAUGUGCUCUUUUCGAGACUUACGUUUACAAUUAAUGAUAGAUUUUGCUAUCUUUUAUAGAUACAGUAAUGGGAUACAGACUUGACCGCAGCUACUAUUUUUUGAAAUUCAUGAUUCGUGUUUACAUGUGUCAAGGUGAAAUCUGAGUUAGCCUUUACAGGUAUAAUAAUAGUUGUUGACUUUCCGUCUUUUGUUGUUCCUUGGAGUAUAAGCUUACUGUAGUACCUUUGCAGUCAGCUGAAAACUAGAGCAUUUAAAAUUUUCAGUUCCACAAAAAGAAGUUAAGUUUUAGGAAGAAGAUAUUGUGGAAGCAGAUUUUUUAAUUAAAAUUAAUUAUCAUUAAGUCCUACUUAGUAGGAUUCAGUCUGUGGAGAAGCAUCAAACAGUUAUGUGUAGUCAGUGAUUAUGGCGAACCACAGUAUACUUUUUGUUUAUUGUUGUUGUCAGUAUCCUAUAGUUGGGCAAUAUCUGUCUAAGAAUAUAGGAAAUUGGAUUUUGUUUUAGUUGUUUCCAACUCUCAGAAAUAAUUUUCAUUAUUUUCAAGCCAAAUUGAAAUGUGUACCUCCUGUGCCUUUUUUCCCUUAAAACAUAUAAUUUAUAAUUAUUCAGAAGAAAUUGAGAUUUCACUGUUUAGUCAUUUCCUUCUUGUUUCCCUGUUGAAGAAUGUACCAUGUACCUAGUUUGGCAGUUACUGUAACUCCAAGACUAUACAAUUCAUCAGAGAAUACACUAAUAAGAUCUUUUUUUGAGAACAGAAAAAUUUCUUUUCCUCCUUAUAUUCUGCCCAUAUCUUUGAAGUUAUUGCUGUGUUGCCUGCGUCACUUAAGAACUGCAGGGCAAACUGUACUGAAGUACUGCUUUCCUAGGUGCUGUACUAGCAGAAUUAAAUGGUCAUUUCUUUGGUUUCUUUAAUGUGUUUGGAUCUUUUUUUUUGGCUAUAUAAUACCUGGUUAAGAUAAUUCUGUGCUUAGAACAGUGUUGCUGCAGGAUUGUACACAAAUACAAAUUUUUUAUUUAAAACUGUGAAAGUAAUAUGAAAGGGAAAACAUAUUUAUAAAAAAGGGAUAAAAGUGAUAGAGCCUUUCUGCCCUCAAUUACCAAGUUUAACAAGAAAGAUGUUCUAUUUUAAAGAACACAUAAUAGUUUUCACAUCAUGAAUCAGAAAGAUCUUGGCAUCUUAAUUUUUAGGUACACACUGAACAUGACGGUAUCAUACUGUACACCUCAGUCAUAAAAAUAUGUAGAUGCUACUGUUUAAUAUCCCAUACUCAACGCUUCCUACAUAACAGAUUCUUAUUUAUGUGCUAAUUGUUUUCUUUUGCUGGUUUAUUAUAUUAUUAUAUAGAAUAUAAAUUGUACAGUGAGAUAAGUUAUUAAAGCAUGUGUAAACAUUGUUAUAUAUCUUUUCUCCUAGAUGGAGAAUUUUAAAUAAACAUCUUUGAAAGUUUGUCUCUUUUGUUUGUUCAGUCAAAGCACUACUGUGAUAUUGGAAUACUGAUUAGCUUGCUGUUCAGCUGACAGUUGUGUUGGAUCUGAACUUUUUUUUAAUUAAAUAAAAAUAUAUUUAAAGCUUU